UGAUGACCAGAGCCCUGAAGGCAAUGCAGGAGUUGGAACAGAAGAAGCGUGAAAAGGCCCAAAAAAAGGUUGAGCAGAGAGAACUUGUAAAAAAAUGCAGAAAAGCUGAGGACCUUGUGUGCCAAUCUGGGGACAAAUCCCCCAUGACUCCUGGGGCCAAACUUAAAUCUCCCUGUAAAGACAAUGUCGAGUGCAAUCAGGACACAUUUUCUAGACUUGAAACCUCCCCUUUGAUGUCGUCUCAAUCAGUUGACCUUGAAUCUGAUGUCAAGAGUGAAGAUGAAGACCUUUCAAUAUCCUCAACUCCACCAAUGGACUUUAUACCCCUAACUUCGAGGGUGAAGGCCAAGAAUGAAGAUCAGUCCAUGGACGUAAGCUCUUCAUCCUCUCCAUCCUCACCCUUUUCUUUUAUGAAUGCCUUAAAAAACGUGGAGGAGGUAUCCUUCCAGUCCCUGACAAAUGAUGGCGAUGGUAAACCCAUCUCUUUCAAAGCAGACACAAACUACAAGUUCAGCACUUUUCUCAUGAUGCUCAAGGACUUGCACGACACUAGGGAGCGAGAUGGGACCCCUUUAGAAUUGGAAAUUGGGCCACCAAGUGCUCAUGUGAAGGAGGAACCCUUGGUGAUGCCUGGGAAGGCUAAACCAGCAGGCCAUGAUCAACCAAUGGAAAAUGUCAAUAACCAUUCAAAUUCAAGUCCAGGCAACAUUGAAAUAACACAAAAUAUCAACACUAAUCAAACAUCAAAGAGGUCCUAUAACAGAAGGGGGGUGGGAAAGAAAGCAAACCGCAAAGUGCCUUGUCAUCCUGCCAGGUCUGGACCUGGUUUCCCAGGAUUGGAGCCCUUACCUGCGAGGGACUCUUCGUCUGUAGCGGAUUGCUCAUCAAGUGUUCAGUCCCCGUCGGGCAUUGAGACCCGCAGCUGGGAGAGGCAGAGUGGGGGUAGUGGAGGAGUAGUUGAGGAGACGGAGGAAAGGUGGGGCAGACUAAAUGGGAAUCUACAAAACACGGUGCCUUUGGAGCAGACGGGAUGCAACACUACACUGGGUCUGGAAAAGCCGAAUGGCCUUGUUGCAGACUGCACUGAGACAAACACGAGUCUGAGGCACAAAGCUGGAGAAGGUGACAAGCCACCUAGAGCACAUAAGCGAGUAAGAAAACCAAGCAAGAGGUUGAUUGAAUGGACUGAAGAGUAUGAUCAGAUUUUCUCCACGAGGAAGAAAACCAAAAAGCCUCUCCAGUUAAUUGGAAAGGCCUCUCAGCCCGUUACAUCAACGUCUGAACUCCCAGAAUUUGACAAGGACACGGACGACCACCCACCAGUGGACUUGCUUCCUGAAAUACAGACUCCGCCUCCAGAGGAAAUGGCUGCAACAACACCCUCUGAACUUCAAAUUUCCAAUCCAGAAAUCACAUCUCCCAAAGAGGCUCCGGUGCUUUCCAUUGACACACUGACCCCGCCUCCUGAAGCGGACCCUUCUCUGCCAGAAGGGCUCGUCAAAGACAAUGUAUCGGCUCCUGUGUUGGGGAGGAAGCGGAAGAGGAAACCUACUCAGAAGAUCCUGGAGUAUUGUCUGGAGGCCGAGGCCUCGACAGUCCCAAAGAAGAAGGUUAAAGCACUGAAGAACAACGUAAAUCCUGUUGCUCAGUCAGAUCCUGGAGCAGCGUCUUUGAAAUCAAAGAGUAAACAUCAACCAGCAUCCAGCUCUGCUCCAACAGCCACCGAGACUCUCACGCCCACCUCCUCCAUUCAGACAGAUCCUCCUCCCACUCCUCCUGCUCCUCCUGCUCCCUCCACUCAGGCACCGAGCCCACCUGAACCCCCCCAGGUGGAGACGGCAGAGGCUGACGCUGAAGCACCUCAAGCAGAGGAUUAUGAAGAGGUCAAAAAGGACACGGCAGAGUCAGAGGGUGAACAGUCCAGCUUGGAUCAAAGCUUCUCCUCCAUGAAGGAUGAGUUGUCUCUCUGUGACGACCAACUUUUACCCUCCAGGAAGAUCAUAGGUGACCGAGGAGGCCCCGCCUCCAUGAAGGAGAACAUCUGUCAGGUGUGUGAGAAGACGGGGGAGCUGCUGCUCUGUGAGGGUCAGUGUUGUGGAGCGUUUCACCUCGCCUGCAUCUCUCUGGCCGAAGCACCUAAAGGGAAAUUUGUGUGUCCAGAGUGCAAAUCAGGUAUUCACACCUGCUUCGUGUGUAAGAAGCGCAGUGAGGAUGUGCGGCGCUGUAUGAUUCCUGUGUGUGGGAAGUUUUAUCACGGGGAGUGCAUCGCCAGCUUCGCCCCGACCGCACCUGUGACGCGGGGCUUCCGCUGCUCGAUCCACGUCUGUCUCACCUGCUUCAUCAGCAACCCCACCAGCCCGUCCAUCUCUAAAGGUCGUCUGGUACGAUGUGUACGCUGCCCCGUAGCUUAUCAUGCUAAUGACCUCUGCAUGGCAGCCGGCUGCGUGGUCCUCUCCAACAACAGCAUCAUCUGUCCCAACCACUUCACCGCCCGCCGCGGCGUCAAAAACCACGAACACGUCAACGUCAGCUGGUGCUUUGUCUGCACAGAAGGGGGCAGUCUGCUGUGCUGUGAGUCCUGUCCUGCUGCGUUCCAUCGGGAGUGUCUGAAAAUGGAAAUGCCAAAAGGCAGCUGGUACUGCAACGACUGCAAGGCUGGGAAGAAACCUCGAUACAAAGACAUCCUGUGGGUGAAGGUUGGCCGAUACAGGUGGUGGCCAGCGGAGGUCAGUCAUCCCAAAACGAUCCCAGAGAACAUCCAGAGAAUGAGGCACGAUGUCGGGGAGUUUCCUGUUCACUUCUUCGGAUCCAAUGACUACCUGUGGACGUAUCAGGCCCGGGUCUUCCCUUACAUGGACGUGGACGCCAUCAGCAAAGAGAAGAUGGGGAAAGGUGUUGAUGCCACCUACAAGAAAGCUCUUGAAGAGGCUGCUCUGCGGUUUAGGGAGCUGCAGGCGGAGAAGGAGCUUCGUCAACUUCAAGAGGACAGAAAGAACGACAGGAAGCCUCCUCCCUACAAACAUAUGAAGGUGAAUCGACCAAUAGGAAAGGUGCAGAUCGUCACGGCCGACCUAUCAGAGAUCCCGCGCUGUAACUGUAAGGCGUCAGACGAGAGCCCGUGUGGGAUGGACUCAGAGUGCAUCAAUCGCAUGCUGCUUUAUGAAUGCCACCCGCAGGUUUGUCCGGCUGGUGAGCGGUGUCUCAACCAGGCGUUCACAAAGCGUCAGUACAGCCAGGUGGAGAUCUUCAGGACGCUUUCUCGAGGCUGGGGUCUCCGCUGUGUCCACGACAUCAAGAAGGGUCAGUUUGUGAGCGAGUACGUCGGGGAGAUGAUUGACGAGGAGGAGUGCAGGUCCAGGAUCAGACACGCUCAGGAGAACGACAUCUGUAACUUCUACAUGCUCACACUGGACAAGGAUCGAAUCAUCGACGCUGGGCCAAAGGGGAACGAGGCUCGCUUCAUGAACCACUGCUGUCAGCCCAACUGUGAGACGCAGAAGUGGACGGUGAGCGGAGACACCCGGGUGGGACUGUUCGCUCUCGUCGACGUUGCUGCAGGCACUGAGCUCACCUUCAACUACAACCUGGAGUGUUUGGGGAACGGGAAGACGGUGUGUAAAUGUGGAGCACCAAACUGCAGCGGCUUCCUUGGCGUCAGGCCGAAGAACAACCCCCCCCAACCGUCCGAUGACAAAGGUCGUAAGUUCAAGAGGAGGGGCAAGAGGAAGAAGAAGGCGGUGGUGACCAAAGAACGAGAGGACGAGUGCUUCAGCUGCGGAGACGGAGGACAGAUGGUUUCCUGUAAGAGACCCGGCUGUCCCAAAGUUUACCACGCCGACUGUCUCAACCUCACCAAGCGGCCUGCAGGUCGUUGGGAAUGUCCUUGGCAUCAGUGCGACAUAUGCGGAAAGGAGGCGGCGUCCUUCUGCGAGAUGUGUCCCAGCUCGUACUGCAACAAGCACCGCGACGGCCUCCUCUUCAUCUCCAAGCUGGACGGGAAACUCUGCUGCAGCGAGCACGACCCCUGUGGACCAGAACCUCUGGAGCCGGGGGAGAUCCGGAGUACACAUCCCAACCCAGAGCCCUGACCUCGGGCCUGGGCAUGGCGGUCAUCCCCUCCGCUCCUCUUAACCCUACGACCAGUCUGAACCCGACCAGUAGGAGGAGCAAGGUGACCAGCGCCUCGGAGUCACUUCCUGCUUUUUCCAUCCCGGUGCCCAUCACUAUUCCCGUCUCCGCACCUCCCGCCUCACCUCCACCCAGCAGCUCGGAAC